GCGCAGGCGCAGUUAGUCUGUGCAGUCAGUACAGUGGAGGCUUAGAGGAGCAAAAUGAACCGGGGCGAGAGCCGCAAGAGGCUGAGGUCCUCGUCCCCUGAUACAGAGGGCGCCGACAGUAGGAGCCCCGAGAGGGGGAAUUUGUUGUUUAAAAAAUCGAAUUACCUGGAAUGGGACGUGGAGGAUGUCUGCAGCUUCCUGCGGAUGCAAGGCUUGGAAAAGUUCGAGCAGUUGUUCAGAGGUGAAAAGUUAUCUGGUGCUGCCCUGCCCUAUCUGACGGAGCUUGACUUGGAACAGCUGGGUGUGAGCACACUGGGAGAUCGAUUAAAACUGAUCAACUGUAUUGAUGCCCUCUGGCAGAGCCCUAUCGAUGCAAAGGUGUUCAACGACCCGAUCCACGGCCACAUCGAGAUGCACCCGCUGCUUGUCCGCAUCAUAGACACCCCGCAGUUCCAGCGUCUCCGCUUCAUUAAGCAGCUCGGUGGGACGUACUUUGUGUAUCCUGGGGCUUCCCACAACAGAUUUGAGCACUCCAUCGGUGUGGCACAUCUGGCAGGACAACUGGUGAAAGCUCUGUCCAGCCGGCAACCAGAACUUCGGAUUAACCAUCGGGACAUCCUGUGUGUUCAGAUCGCCGGACUCUGCCACGAUCUAGGUCACGGGCCAUUUUCGCACAUGUUUGAUGGAAAAUUUAUCCCUUUGACGCGGAAAGGAUUGAAAUGGAAGCACGAGGAUGCUUCAUUAACCAUGUUCGAGCACUUGAUCUCCUCCAAUACGUUGGAAAGGGUGCUGCAGAGCUAUGGCCUGGUGUUGCCAGAAGACUUGGAGUUUAUAAAGGAGCAGAUCCGAGGUCCAGCAACAUGGAGUCAUGGAGAGGGUGACCCUCCUAAGGCCUCGGUGUGGCCGUACAAAGGCCGUCCUCAGAAGAAAGGCUUUCUGUAUGAAAUCGUUGCCAACAAGCGAACUGGGAUCGAUGUCGAUAAGUGGGAUUACUUAGCCAGGGACUGUCACCACUUGGGAAUCCGGAACAACUUCGACUUUGAACGCUUCCUCAAGUUUGCUCGAGUCUGUGAAGUUGGCAAAAUGAAGGUCAUAUGCACUCGGGAUAAGGAGGUUGGUGACCUGUACAACAUGUUCCACACACGCAACACCUUGCAUCGCAGGGCCUAUCAACACAGAGUGGGCAACAUCGUUGGCUGUAUGAUCACAGAGGCGAUGGUGCUGGCAGAUCCGCACAUCCGGAUCAGCGGUGCGGGUGGGAAGCUGUAUACCAUGUCAACGGCCAUCGAUGACAUGGAGGCUUACACCAAGCUCACAGACAGUAUCUUUGAACAGAUCCUGCAUUCCUCUGAGCCUGAGCUGAGGGAGGCACGGGACAUUCUGAACAACAUCAUUUGCCGCAGGCUGUACAAAUGGAUUGGGCAGACGCAGCCUGCGGCAGAGACAAUCAUUCAGCAGGAAGAGUUUGACGAGCUGGCUGAUCAAGUGGUCGCAGCUGUUCCAUCAACGCCUGUGGAGGUUCAACUCCAUGCAGAAGACUUCAUUGUAAAUGUUGUUCGGAUGGACUAUGGGAUGGCGGAGAAAGAUCCCAUUAACAAGGUCCGAUUCUACUGCAAGAAUAACCCCAACUGGACAAUCAAAAUCCGUAAAGACCAGGUAUCUCAGCUGCUGCCGGAGCGGUUUACAGAGCAGCUGAUCCAAGUGUACUGCAAGAAGACCGAUGAGAAGAGUGUGCAGGCUGCCCGGAAACACUUUGUCCAGUGGUGCAUCAACAGGAACUUCACCAAGCCCAGGGAUGGCGAUGUUGUUGCCCCUGAGCUGACACCACUGAAGCCCGAUUGGAACAACACUGACAGUGACAGCGAUGACUCCAACUCGAGGGAUGAGCUCCCAUCACAUCACCUUGCAAAUAACCACAGACCCAAGGCGAAGCUUUUUGAGUAGGAAGGACAGGAAUUUUUUGUGAAUCCCGGGACCAUUAUCACUCUAGUCAUAAUAUUUUCAUUCGUCUGUGAUCAUGUAGUCUCUACAGUAUUUUUACACCCAUGUAUUUUCAAAAUUACAGCCAACUCUCACUUGAAUAGAGAAAGGCGAUCUUUGUGUAAAAAUUAAUUUGAAGUCCAAAUCUAAAGACUUCAAAGCCAGUUAUUGGAGAAGGAUCAAUUAGUUUUACGAAACCAAGUGUCUCAUUAAAUGCACAGAUGCUGUCUGACCCACUAAGUUCCUCCAGCAUUUUGUGUGUUGCUCCGGAUUUCCAGCAUCUGCAGUCUUCCUUGUGUCCCAUUGAAUGACUGUUUUCCAAUUCCAGUUGACAUCUAAACUUAAACUGUAAACCACAGAGCCUGAUGCAUCUGAAGUAGCUUCCAUACGUGUGUUGAAGUGUGUGGAUUGUGUUCAUCCUGGAAGGUGAAACUUUUGUCCAAUUGUGAUUGCAAUCCCUUUUCAUUCUUCCUAGCCAAAUGAUGACUGGAAUGCGAAAGUGUGCUGUUGGGGUAAUGUGUGCUGACUGCUUCUACAAAGGGUUUUGUGGCCCACUGACUUCUGCUUGCAGGAAAGAUAUUUUUUGAAGAUUGCAAAGAACAAAAGUCACCAUUCUGUUAUCCAAGGUGUUAGUCAUUACGUUGAUUGGAACUAAUCGCAAAAAUGUGUUGGAUGUACCCAAUUAUCGCUUGGUUGGGGGAGAGUGCUUGGUGCCAUGGGUUUGGUGUUGCUUACUAUCUUGCAUCUCCUCAGGCUAGGUUUUAAAACAUAUCAGUACAAACUUGGAGCUCUAUUUAACUCGACUGAAAUAUUGGGGAAAAUCAGAUGGGUCUUCAUCUUGUUCUGCUGGCACUAAUGGAGAGGGGCUGAUUGCAAUUAGGUCUCGCAGUUAUAAUUGCCUGAUUGCUGCCCAGUACAUGAGCAUUGCUCUGGGAGUUCAGUGGCAUUUGUAUGGGCCAGUGAUGGGAGGAUGUGAUCAUACCAUUAAAGAUAAACCCAGCUUGUAAGACGUCUCUAUACUGUGGCAUGUCUUGCCACUCUUCCAUUCGUGGUAGUGCUUGUCACCUUUCAGGAUGCAUCUUUCUCAAAUAUAAUUAAACUUUUUGCCCUGUUGUUUCUGGUGGACCAUUAGCAACAGUCUUGAAUAAAUCUCCAUUCUUUCUGCUCAGGUAGCACAAGCUGUCCCACUGCUCCAGUGACUUGGGUUUGAUUCUGACCUCAGGUGCUGUCUGUCUGGAGUUUGCACUUUCUCCCUUUGUGUGGGUCUCCUCCGGGUCCUUCAGUCUCCUUCCACCUCCCAAAGACGCGAGGGUCGGUAGGAUCAUAGGGGCGAUUGUCCUCGGUGUUGGUGGCUUGUAGAGUUUGGGGAUGUUACUCGGUAUGUGUGAGAGAUUGGAUUACGGGGAAGUAAGUGAGAAAUGAGAGCGAUUGGACUGCCAUGGAAGCCAGUAUAGAUUUGAUGGGUGAAUGGCUCCUUUCUGUGUCAUAAGGAAUUAUGUGGACCUGCUGUGUUGGAGAUGUUGUUGAUUCCUGUGAGCAUUCUAAAAUGCAAGAUGCAUCUCAACAAAUGUACAAAUGGCUGUUUGAUUUUCUGUGUGCUCUGAUUAACCCAGAUUAAAUGGGUUGGAUGUUUUCUCUCAUAUUACCAGCUUGAAACCACUGUACGAACUGUAGAUGCUUUACUGCUUUCCCCUGCAGAACUGCCAACUACUAAAACAAAUCAGGUCAUUCCCCGCAAGGGUUGGGAAGUGCGCUGUCUUCUGCCUGUGAAGGGAACAGUAACUUGAACCUUGCAACACACAAAAUACUGGAAGAUCCAGCAUCCUUGCAAAUGUUUUGUCUGAAUUUUAACCAGCCAGGAAGAAUAAAAACACAUGGUUCUAUCGACCUGUUGGAGGUUAUAUUUAAUAAUUCUCAAUUGAUGAGGCACUGCAGUCCAUAAAUGAAAUGUUGCUAACCUGUUACAUUGCCUGUUAAAAGUGACACUUACUGUAUCUCAGCAACCUUUUGCAAAUUUUAGUUGUUUUUUGGUGAAUAUAAUCUGUGGUGUAGACAGGGUAAUAAUUAGACAAGUUUUACAAGAUUACUUUAGUCAAUGUUUGAUUUUGGGAUAUGGGAUAAGGUGGGUAAUCAGAGGUACUUGAACGAACAUCCUAAAGGACGGUUGAUUUCAACACCAGCUCUUGUGCAAGUUGCCCUGUAGUGGUGAUGCAGGAUUUAUUGCUGGAUCACCUGAAACCUGCUUGUCCUUGCUGAGAGUGGCAUUCACAUUUCUUCUGAGAGGGGACACCACACAGUUAAUGUAGUUUUAGCUACUAUGAACAAUCAGCUACUACCCAGCAUUUUUGGUCGAAAUGGAAUACUUUAAGGAAACUAAUGUUGGAAUAACAGACAUAGAUUUUGAUGGUUCUGGAAAAGAUAACGUUCCACUGCAGCAGGGAAGAGCAAUAUCAAGAAUUCAGACUUAAUCUGUAUACAUCAGGGAAGCUGAAGUAUUUGCAUUUUGGAUUGGGGAAUAAAACAAGAUGGUUACUGUGAUUUCAGGUCUGCAGUUUUUGACAUGAUUUAAAGACAUUGGAGAAAUAUUCUAAGGAACAACACCCAGCAUUUUUCUUAACUUGCAAUAUGUACCAGUCUCCCUAAUCUUUAUAUAUUUAUGUUCAAUCCUUUUUAUAUGAUAAUUCCCACUCCCAGCCUCUAGAAAGCCUCUGUGCCUUUUAUGAACCAGCUGUGAAGUUUCAUGUGUCGAUGUCUCCAGUCUCCUGAGGAAGAGCUGGGGAGCGGGAGGUUGUAUUGCGUAGAAUUUGCAGCACAGAAUCGGGCCAUCCAGUCCAGUGGUUCUGUUCUGGUGACGGGAAAAGAAUAAUCAGGUAUGUGGGAACAUCAGGAACAUGGGACAAGUGGGUGGGUUCAGUGUAGCCAACUCGGUAGGCUGGAAUGCAGAAUCUAGAGCAGUGAAGCAGGCCUUUUGGCCCAGCAUGUCUAUACUAGCCACUGAUACUCAUAAACCUUUCACUCAUAACAUAACCUCCUAUUUCCUAUUCUCUCACUUGCUUAACCAGCUUUUCCUUAAACGGUAUAUCCAUUUCAAUGGCACUUCUCGUGCCAAACCCAAUAUUCUCAAUUUAAUUAAAUUCCUCUCAGAUGUCCAACUGGAUUAAUGGUGAAUGUACAUUCAAGUCUUAUUUUAGUUUCCAUCUCCCACACAUCAAAAUAUCCUCACCUACCACAUUAAGGCCCUUCAUCAUUUUAAAAGCUUAUAUUAGCCCACGGCUCAGCCUUCUGCUUGUUGGAGAGGAAUGUUAUACUUCAUUAGUAAUUGUAACCUCUCUGUUCUGAUAUCAUCCCCAUAAAUCCCUUUGCAACCUCUCCAUUCUUUUUAUAAUGAGGUAACUGGAAUUUUGCAUGCACCCCAAUUCUUGUCUGAACAAACUUCAGUGGAAGUUUUACAGCAAACAAUUUAUUAGCAUGUUUCUUCCUCAACAUCCUCCCUCCACCAUCAAAACAAAAUCCCCAACCUUUCAUGCCUUGUGGAGGGAAGAAACAUAAUUUCACCAGUUUACAAAUUUACUUUGUGACCAUGGUUUGAACUAAGCUUCUGACUAUUUUGGGUUGUGGUUAUGCAACCAUUGUCUUCAUUAACUGUAGCUUUGAUACUGGGGCAAGGUCAGUUUAACCUGUAGUUAAGCAAUCUGUGAUCUGGUCUACACCAAAGUGUACGUAAAUAUUUGUCAAUUGCUCUCUGCUCAAUAUGAGGAAGUAUUUGGUCUGGAGACUUAUUUCGAUUUGGCAGUGCUAACUGGUGUCCAGUCCAAUUGUCAGCACAGCGAUUAUCAGUUCCUCUUGGUAAGCAAUUCAGUAACUUAAAAAUUGUAUGAGCAAAUACAUUCUUGUGUAAUUUUUUUGACAUGUUAGAGUAUUUCAAAUCUUUUGAAUAUUUCAGCCAGUGGUUUCCAAUUAUGAGUCCACUGUAACUCACAGGAAGGCUGCUCAGUGGACCUCUGGAAGUUCGUAAUGUAUGUUGGACUUGGGAUCUUCCAGUGAUGGUUAAAGGUAAACGUAGAAGUAGAGAAUAGGGUGGGAUUUCUUCUUAAUUAUCAUGGGAUGGUGGCUUGCUUUAAAGCACAGCAGCAAGAAGGUAUGCUGCUCCCUGAAUCUAUUCUAUAUAAUGUAAGAGGGCAGGGUAUGGUGUUGUUCUAAUGUUGUCUGGAAAAUGUGUCUUCAUUCAACAUGACUGUUCCCUUCCAGAUAAAACCCAACCAUAAAUGAACAUGAGCUGCUUCAUGCUUAGUAGCUUGGGGGAAGGAAGUGGGGUGCGUAGAGGCAACCCAGAAUGUCUUGAUUCAUUUUUAGUGGGACUCUUAUAAGUUGCUUCAUAUGUUUGUAAUCUGCAGUGUACUGUUGUGGAAUGGGAUUUCCAUCAACCUGUUCCUGCAUUGUUGCAUUCUAUUACCUUGGAGUAUGGAUUCAGAUCAGCCAUGCCUCACUGACUGGCAGAACAGGACCUGGAAGAACAAACAAGAACACUGGAAGAACUCAGCGGGUUGAUAAAGGGUCUCAACCGGAAAUGUCAACUUAAUAUCUUUUGCCUCUACAGAUGCUGCUCGACCUGCUGGGUUCUUCCAGCAUUCUACUUAUUCCAGAUUCCAGCAUCUGCAGACUCUUUUGUCUUCAUACUACAGGUUCUGGAAACACUGCUCUGUUCCCAUUCAGUAACCUCUCGCCAUUGUUCAGAUAUCUGGGUUAGCUAUUGUGGGGUUGUAAAUAAGGGAGAUGUUUUGUACAAUAGUUUAAUAAAGAUGUUCUUACAGCUGAAAGUAUUUCCUGCCUUGAAAUGCGUGGUUGUUUACAGAGUAGUUCCCAUUUGCUGCAGCAAAAGUCCAAUAAUCUGGCACAUUUAGGACGCUGGUCAUGUCAGACUAACAGAUUUUCCAGAUUGUUGGAUGUUAUUCCUAUUACCCCAGCAGAAUUU